GCACAUGGAUCAGCCAAUGCCAGCAGGAAGGUCCGAGACAAGGAGAGGAGGAGAAACCAGCAACGAACGAGCACCGCUGACGUGAAAACUGAAGACGCAGAAACGGCUGAGAUGGAGGUCGAGAGCACGAGCGGACAGACUCAGGAGGGCGCGUCCAAAAAGACACAACGCGUGGAUCCCGAAGAGGAAGACGACCUGCAAACUGAGGACGCCGGCGGAGUCAAACGCCGCAAAGAAGCUCAGACUCAAACAAGGAAACAGGAAACCACACACAAACAAACACAAACUCCGGCUGUUUCUCAGAAAAGCCAGGAAACGCAAACAGACUCCGAAGAGUCAAAACAGGACGAUAAAGAGACAAAAAACGCAGCUGAGAAGCAGCCGAAACGUGCACCUGAUGCCAAACUGCAAGACGGCGCUCAGACUCAAACAAGAAAACAGAAAACCACAAACAAACAAACACAAACUCCGGCUGUUUCUCAGAACAGCCAGGAAACGCAAACAGACUCCGACAAGCCGAAACAGGACGAUAAAGAGACAAAAACCGAAGAGACGCAGCCGAAACGUGCAUCUGAUGCCAAACUGCAAAACAGCGCUCAGACGUCAUCAGAUUCAGCCACAAAACAAAACCCAAAAAAAGAGCCAGACGAGGAGAAUCUCUCUGCAGGAGCAGAAAAAGACGCCAAACCGAAAUCUUACGCCAAAGUCGUGUCUGGAGAUAAAACCACAAAAACACCCCAAAGCACACG